AGGAAAUGCCACUAGCAGAACACUUCUUAGAACUAAGAGAAAGAUUAUUAAAAUCAUUGAUAUUUAUACUAGUUAGUAUAGUAACUGUAUUCUUUAAUAUUCAAUACAUUAUCAAAAUAAUACAAAAACCUGCAGAGGGAAUUAAAUUUAUACAAUUAGCUCCUGGUGAAUAUUUUUUUUCUACAGUAAAAAUUAGUAUAUAUUUAGGAUUGAUAAUAAGUAUUCCAUAUAUAUUAUACGAAAUACUACAAUUUACUAUUCCUGCUAUGACUAUAAAAGAAAAACGCUUAAUUUUACCUAUGAGCAUUAUUUCAGCAAUUCUAUUUUUUGGUGGUAUAAUAUUUGCAUAUUUUAUCUUAUUAUCUCCGGCUUUAAGAUUUUUUAUUUCUUAUGGAGCCAAUAUUAUUGAACCUAUUUGGUCCUUUGAAUAUUACUUUAAUUUUGUAAUUUUAUUGUUGUUAGUCACAGGUAUUGCCUUCCAAAUACCGAUUUUUGAAAUUAUAUUGGCUAUAUUUGGAUUAUUAUCAUCUAGUCAAUUGAUUUCCUAUUGGAGUUUAAUAAAAUUAUCCGCUAUAGUAAUAAUAUUAUUGAAAUUCUCAAACUCUAUUGUUAAUGCUUAUCCUAUUUAUGCCCAACAAGCUUAUGAAAAUCCAAGAGAAGCUACAGGAAGAAUUGUAUGUGCUAAUUGUCACUUAGCUCAAAAAGAUAUACAGCUUAAUAUCCCUAAAUCUGUUUUACCUAACUCCGUUUUUGAAGCUGUUGUUAAAAUUCCUUAUCCUAAUAAUGCUCAACAAAUAUUAGCUAAUGCUAAUAAAGGACCUUUGAAUGUAGGCGCUAUAUUAAUUUUACCAGAAGGAUUUUCACUUGCUCCUACAAGUCGAUUAUCUGAAGAACAGAAGGCAAUAGCUAAAAUUACUCCUAUCCAAACUUAUAAUAAUCAGCACAAAAAUAUACUCGUAGUAGGACCUUUACCUGGUGAUAAACAUAAGGAAAUAAGUUUUCCGAUCUUAUCACCGGAUCCUCAAUCUAAUAAGCAAAUACAUUUCAUUAAAUACCCUAUAUAUGCAGGAGGAAAUAGAGGAAGGGGACAACUCUAUCCUAAUGGUGAAAAAAGUAAUAAUGCGUUAUACACAUCACCUGUAGAUGGUAAAAUCAUUCAAAUCAAUAAAGAAGAAAAUAAUUCGACUAAAAUUGUAAUUGAGACGAAUAGGACAAAUGGUAAAAAUAGAUCAAGUUCUCAAUAAAGAUUUAAAUGUAGGGGGAUUUGGACAAAUUGAAAGUGAAUUUGUUUUACAAAAUCCAGAAAGAAUAAAAGGUAUGAUUUUAUU